AUGAAGAGACUAUUUGCCAAAACAAGCCGAACCUUGGCCUUCGCGGUGGCUGAAAGUUUCACCGAGGAUAUCUUCAUCGAGAUACUCUCGAGUCUACCGGUCAAGUCCUUGAUGCGAUUCAAAUUCGUCAAUAAACGGUGGCGGUCUCAAAUUUCCGACCCGGGCUUUGCCAAGUCGCAUUUGCAAAGGCUACAGGCAGGGGAUAUGAUUCCUAGCCAGAGAAUCAUCAAGAGCAGCCCCCUUGAGACCAAAGACUACGAACUGUUCGACGGUGGCAUUGGUGGCGAUGAAGGUAACGCGGUGGCAAAGUUUCAUGAGCUGAGAAUGGACAAUCCUAGCUUGGAGCCCGAUCUCAUGGCGUCUUGCACUGGCUUGGUCUGUUUAGUUGUCCACGGCGGAUUCCUCCUAUACAACCCGACCACCAAGGAGUCUAGGAUUUUGCACAGUUCCAAUCUUGUUCCAGGAGAUAAGUUCUUCCAUGGAUUCGGAUAUGACUCUACAUCUGAUGACUAUAAAAUAGUACAAGGCAACAGUACUAAGAAUUAUCAGGUGGCGACAUUCGCGCUCAAGUCCGGUUCUUGGAGAAGGAUCCGAGUUCAACAAGAAAGCCACCUCGCCGACUAUUGAGGAGUUUUUUGGGAAAGGGCCUUACACUGGUGCGGGGUUGACCAGAGCCAAAAUAAGAAAGAGACUGCAAUUAUGUCAUUCGAUUUGGCAUAAGAGAAAUUCCACCAGGUGCUUUCAGUCCCUGAAGUUGGUGCGGACAUAGUUUUUGAGGGA